UUCAAGUUCCAACAUCUUCAAUGGCAGUUAGUAGUAGUCAAAAGGUUAUAAAGACCCCAACCUCAAAACAACAAGGGCUUCAAACCAUGGCUUUGGUAGAGAGAUUUAUGGCUUUGUUCAUAGUCAUGGAAAUUCUGCAGGUUUCAGAUGCAGCUGUUUACAAGGUUGGGGACUCCGCUGGUUGGACUACCCUUGGCAAAAUAGACUACAAGAAGUGGGCUGCUACCAAGAACUUCCAAAUUGGUGACACUAUCAUAUUUGAAUACUAUAACAAAUUCCACAAUGUGAUGCGAGUGACACAUGGCAUGUACAAGUCAUGCAAUGCAUCAUCCCCUAUUGCAACAUUCACCACCGGCAAUGACUCUAUCCAUAUAACCACUCACGGCCACCACUUCUUCUUCUGCGGCGUCCCUGGUCACUGCGAAGCGGGACAGAAGGUUGAUAUAAACGUGCUCAAGGUUUCUGCUGAAGCACCUACUCCAUCAGCUUUGGCCUCUCCAAUCGUGCAAGCUUCCAAUGUACCAGCACCUUCUCCUAGCAAUGCUAACUCAUUGAUUGUUCUAAAGGGACCUUUUUCUAUGGUGAGUUUGGCCAUGGCAAUAGUCCUAUUACUUUGCUUUCUCUAGCUAUGUUUAAUAACAAAGUGUUAUGCUUAGUUUGCUUUAUGGACUUUCUGUUUUCUUCUUGUAUUGAAACUGAUCAAUGGAAUUUCUGCAACUCCUUUUGCCUA